GGGGAUAAUACGGUGGAGCCGCCCGGGUUGCAGUCCCGCCUCAGAGCCGGCAGGGAGCAGAGCUGCGGAGCCGCCUGGUCUCCCGCGUCUCGGUCCGUUCUUGCGUCCUUCUGUCCAUCCGAACGUGCACUGCAGGAGUAGCCACGAGGGUGGCAUGGCAGUGAGCACAGACAUGGCUGGGCUGGAGGAGAGCUUCCGCAAGUUUGCCAUCCAUGGUGACCCCAAGGCGAGUGGACAAGAGAUGAACGGCAAGAACUGGGCCAAGCUGUGCAAGGACUGCAAGGUGGCUGAUGGGAAGGCCGUGACAGGGACCGACGUCGACAUUGUGUUCUCCAAAGUCAAGGCAAAGUCAGCUCGGGUCAUCAACUAUGAGGAGUUCAAGAAGGCACUAGAAGAGCUGGCGACCAAGCGAUUCAAAGGGAAGAGCAAAGAGGAGGCUUUCGAUGCCGUCUGCCAACUGGUGGCAGGCAAGGAACCAGCCAAUGUGGGCGUUACCAAAGCAAAAACAGGGGGUGCUGUGGAACGGCUGACUGACACUAGCAAGUAUACCGGCUCCCACAAGGAGCGCUUCGAUGAGAGUGGCAAGGGCAAGGGCAUUGCUGGACGGCAGGACAUCUUGGAUGACAGUGGCUACGUGAGUGCCUACAAGAAUGCAGGCACCUAUGAUGCUAAAGUGAAGAAGUGAGGCCUCGGAAGGGCCCCCAGCAUGGCUGCCCCUGCCAGAGGCCCAGACCUAGGCCUAAGGGGCAUGUGGAGCAAGAGCGCCGGUCCCUUACCUGCCAGACCAGCCACCCAGAGCUUCCUGCCCAGCCUCAUGGGGCUAGCCGACCAGGCCUCUGACCCAGACUGCUAUGCAUCCUCUUUCUCCUCUUCUUCCUCCUUCCCCACCUUCUGUCCCUCUGGGGAGAGCCUGUGUCCUAUACCUUCACCAUCCCAGCCUGGCCCCAAGUAUGGCUAACCCUUGCCUGCUUGACUCAUAUUUAAGCUGCUGCUCUGGCCAAGUGCCUAACUCUUCCCUGGACCUCAAUAAAGAUACCUUUUGUACCAA